UACUUAAUCAUUAUGUUUUAUUUAAAGAAGGUGAAUAAUUCUUUAAAAGCGGUGAGGUAAGUCGAUGACCUUCAUAAAAUUCUUGCGGAUAUGCCCACCCAAUACUUUAUAUGCAGGUUGCAUCUUUUUAAUAACAUAUACAAUAAAAAUUCCCGUGAAAAAUAUUGUUUAGGUAAACUUAGGAAGUUAAUAAACCAUAGAAAAGUAAUUUACUUUAAUUUGUUUGGUUUAUUUACCCAGUUCUAAUGACUUCGACUUAGUUUGUGGAGAGAGAAAGUUCUUGGACUUGCACACUACAGUAGUGUCACUACUGAGUAUUUUAGUCAGUUUACCUUGGUGGGUAAAAGUAAACGUGUUAAGUAUUGUGAUUUGAGAAAAAUGUGACUUAUUUUUUACCUAUUGUGAGUGUUUAUAUUGUAAAUAGUUAAACCCUUAGGAUAUGCAACAAUCAAAAAGGAAAUAAUUAAAGAAAAUAGGAAUAUGGCGAUCACGUCGUCUCUGCUCUUCACGGCGAUGCUUUGCACGCUUUGCGGUCCCGUCCUGUCGGGCUACGUUCCCCCGGGACCGCUUUACAGAUGUCCCAAGGACAAGCAGUUCCUGCAUCCGUGCACCUGCGACACCGAGUCGGACGCAGGAGUCACGGUCAGCUGUAACAACACCAAUUUGGCCAGCAUGAGCGUGGCCCUCAACAACUUGGCCGCGUUCAACUUGCCCGUCGAGAGCCUUCUAAUUUAUAAGAGUCAUAUAGGGCGUUUUUACGGAAGUCUUCUUUACAAACUGCACGUAAGGAUGUUAAAAAUAGAAGACACCCCCAUAGAGAAAAUUGAAGAGCAUACUUUCUUGGGAAUUAACAACACUUUAAAUGAACUACAUUUAAUAAAUACCGAAUUGUUGGAGUUUCCUACUGCAGCUUUUAAGAUCCUGGGAAACCUGACUGUCCUGAACAUAAAUGGCCACAAAAUGACCUCAAUGCCUAAGGACGCGUUCGCAUUGAGCGACAUGACCGGCCGCCUAUUGAAACUCCACAUUUGCAACGGCACGCUCUCCACUCCCCCGUUGGAGAGCUUCCAGCCGCUGAGGAAGCUGCGAUUGCUCGAUUUGCAUGGAAAUAGGAUCCAGGAGCUGAAGAGGAAUCAAUUUAAGGGACUGCGCGACGUCGAGAACCUGGAUCUAAGUCACAACAACAUCUCGAAAGUGGAUUCGAGCCAUUUGGCCGAUUUAACCAAGCUGGGAUGGUUUAAUGUGUCGCAUAAUAACAUCGGAGAGCUGACUAGAGGCGCUUUCGGCAGAAACACGCUCCUAAAAGUCCUGAACAUGUCGCACAACAAAAUAAAACGUCUCGAUUCGAACUCCUUUAGAGGCAUGAGGUUCAUGCGCCGUUUAUUCCUCUCGGACAACCUGAUUACGGACGUGGGCAGAGGUACGUUCGGACCGUUAAAACGCAUCGGCACGAUCGACUUGGCCAGGAAUUUCCUAAAAAAAGUCGACUAUCAAAUGUUCUACGAGCUGAACUUUAUCGAGGUUUUGGAUCUCACGCAAAACAACAUAACCGUAUUGGAGAAGAACGCGUUUAAAGAUUUGUACUUGUCGACCAUACUGCUGAGAAACAACAAUAUCAGCAAAAUCGAAGAGCAAUGUUUUAUAAAUUGCGCGAACAUAACGCUGCUCGAUUUAUCUCACAACAAUUUAUCAAACUUGUCGAAAAAGGCCUUCGACGAAACCACCUACGCAACCGAACUUCAAUUGUCUUACAACUUUUUUACCGAACUCAGUCAGAUUCCUCUACACAACAUGACAGGAAUAAAAAUCCUAAACGUUUCCCACAACAACAUCUGGAGGAUACCAAAGAAAACCUUUCCAAAACUUUACGAGCUUCACACAAUCGACAUGUCGUACAACAAUGUAAGCGAUAUUUUUAAUGCCGUGUUUCAAACGUUGUUUUCCUUAAGAUAUCUGGACUUGAGUCAUAACUCUAUGGCGGCUAUAAAACCGAGUACCUUCGGACCUUUGCCUACUUUGUUAAAACUGGACUUAAGCUAUAAUGGGAUGACUACUGUUGCUAAGAGUUCUUUGACAAGGCUUGCUAGUAUGAGGGAACUUAUUCUCAGAGGUAACAAUCUAAAAAACCUGUUUCUUCUACCAAUAUCAACAUCACAUAUGGACUUAUCGUACAACAACUUUGAAGAAAUACCUUCAAAUCAGUGGCCAUCGAUGAACUCCUUACUGCAUUUGGACUUGAGCCAUAAUAAAUUGGGCGAUAAUUUGGUACAUGGUAGUUUUGCAGGUCUUUUAACCUUGCAAAGGUUAAAUUUGAAUUAUAAUGGAAUGACACUGCCACCAUGGGCUGCUAUAAGCGAACUUACGUCUUUGCAAUAUUUAUAUUUGGAAGGCAAUAACUUGACAAAACUGGAAAGGAAUGCAUUCGGACGACUACCUGUUGUGUUCGAGUUGAAUUUGGCUCAUAAUAAUUUAUAUAAUAUCAGCUCCAGAGCUUUUGAAGGACUCUUACAGGUUCUCGUAUUAAAUUUUACGAACAAUAACCUGACUUAUAUACCAAACGGGGCAUUUCAAGGAUUGGUGGCUUUGCAAACGUUGGAUUUAUCCCACAACAAGAUUGGGAAAAUUGAUAAUAAGACUCAUGGAUUGUUGGACGAUUGUUUGUCUCUAGAAAGACUGAACUUAAGCCACAACAAAAUGAGCUUUCUUUCGAGAAAAACGUUCCCUAGCAACCAAUAUAUCCCCUAUAAAUUAAGGGAGGUCGACCUGUCUUAUAAUAUAAUACCGGUGAUUACUUUUGAUCUAACAUUUGGUACGUCGAAAUUGGAAAAAUUAAAUCUUUCGCACAAUGCCAUCUCUGACAUCAGGAAAUUCGUAAUGGGCAACUUGACGCGCCUAAAGGUCCUGGAUAUGUCCUACAACAAGCUGUACGACCUGACGAGCGAGCGGGACUUUUUCCGCCUGCCCGCGAACUUGACAGAGCUCUACUUGUCCCACAAUCAGCUGCCGGAUUUGCCGUGGCCUCACCUGAUGAAUGCCUCUCAUAUUUCAGUAUUAGACGUGCGCGACAAUUUGUUUAACGAAUUCGGACCGGAUCUGACAAACAUGGUCGUCGCACGGGGGACCGAUGUUUAUUUUGAAGGAAACCCUCUUCACUGUGACUGCUUCCUGCGCCCUCUAACCCGUCACCUACAAAAUCAACUAACCUUAUCGCAACACUACAAGGACAUCGAGUGUGCGAGUCCGGCCUACUUGUCGAACGUAACGUUGUUUGCGUUGCCCGAGGACAGAUUGAAUUGUCCCGUCAACGUUAACACGACCAGAAUCAAGGAGUCUAGAAAUGGCAGGGACUAUGACGUCACGCCGGACUUUAGAUUCAGGGAGCUUAGCAUUGAACGCAAAAAACUUAAGAUCCUAUGGCGAGUAAUGAAGAACGCGGACAUAGCAGACACUUACGUUUUCAUUAGAAACGUGCAAAAUCCGGAAAACGUCGUAUUCGAAACAACCUUACCCUACUUCAAGAGAAAGUUGGAGAUCCCUGUGCCAGGAAACUUGACGGAAGAGACAAAAUUGGGAAGAGAAUAUCAAAUAUGCUUAUUGGCUAAGGACAGUAAAACUUUUGUUCGCAAAUUUUAUGCUGAACAGUGUCGCGACCUGUCGGACACGUUUAAAAGUUCUGCGCCAGGAACUUUUUACCCAUCCAAUCUUUUACUGACUGUUUUAUUGUGUGUGAUAUUGAAAUAUGUUGUGUAAGUUUUUAUUUAAAU